AACGUGUUCAGCUGUUUGUCUGCGUGCUCACAGCUCUUCUUUUCACCUAUAGAAUGUUAGGGAGACGUUUUCCCCUUUUCUCACUGUCAUUAUUUAUUUAUUUAUUUGUCUCAGUUGUUACAGAUGUCUUUCUUCCUGCUCGCCACUCUUGUUGAUUUCCAACGUGUUCAGAAGUCCUUCGUUUUUUUGACCUCGCUCAAAGAUCUCCUCUUCUCCGUCUUCGUGUUUCCUGUCGGCUCGUUUGUCGUCCUUCUCUUCUGGACCAUCUUUGCUUUCGACAGAGAGUUAGUCUACCCAGCGACCAUCGACGCCUUCUUCCCCCCCUGGAUGAACCACGCCAUGCACACGUUUGUACUUCCUGUGUUACUCGGAGAAGUUCUGCUGCAGCCUCACGUCUACCCACCGAGGAAACUCGCACUGACGGCGUUAGCAGCUGUGGGCGUGGCUUAUUUAUUCUGGAUUGUUUGGGUGUACCUGUCGGUCGGGCUUUGGGUCUACCCCCUCCUUGGACGUCUCAGCUCAGCUGGUCUGGUCUUCUUCUUCUUCUUCAACAUGUCUGUGGUGGCGUUUCUUUACGAGCUCGGAGACAAACUGAACGUCCUUGUGUGGAGUCAGAGACGUGCCGUUAAAUCCAGAGAAGAGUGAUGUCGUCUAACCUGAGUGUCUGUGACUUGUGCUUCAUGACGUGGUUUCUUUUUUCUUUAAAAGCUUAUAAAAUAUCAAAUC